AUGCCCGGCUACGAGCUGCCCGUGGGCACGUGCCUGGACAUGUGUCCGGCUGCCGAGCGCGCCCAGCGCGAAGAGGAGCGCCGCCUGCACCGAUUCGAGGUGGUGCCGGGAUGCCUCGGGGACCGGCCCCGAGCCGACCCACAGCGCGCGGUGAAGGAGUACAGCCGGCCGGCCGCCGGGAAGAUCCGGCCCCCGCCGAGUCAGCUGCGUCCGCCGUCCGUGCUGCUGGCCACCGUACGCUACCUGGCCAGCGAGGUGGCCGAGCGCACCGACGCGUCCUGCGCGGAGGUGGCCAGCUUCGUGGGGGACCGGUUGCGCGCGGUGCGGCUGGACUUGGCCCUGCAAAGCGCGAGUGACGUCGAGACGGCGUUGGUGCUGGAAGCGGCUCUGGCCGUGCUGCUGGCCGUGGUGGCGCGGUUCAGACCCAACGCGACGCACGGGCCAGUGGACCCAACGUUGCUGCAAGCCCAGAUCCAGGAGAGCUUCGGUUCUCUGCGCCGCUGCUACGCGCUGGGCGCUGGUCCCCACCCCCGCCAAGCCACCUUCCAGGGCCUCUUUCUGCUGUAUAACCUGGGCUCGGUAGAGGCCCUUCACGAGGUUCUGCAGCUGCCUGCAGCCCUGCGUUCCUGCCCGGCCCUGCGCACCGCCCUGGCAGUUGACUCCGCCUUCCGGGAAGGCAAUGCUGCCCGCCUCUUUCGCCUGCUCCGGACACUGCCCUACCUUCAGAGCUGCGCUGUGCAGUGCCACGUGGGCCAUGCCCGCCGGGGAGCCCUGGCCCGCCUUGCUCGUGCCCUCAGCACCUCCAAGGGCCAGACCUUGCCGCUGGGCUUCGUGAUCCACCUGCUGGCCCUGGAUGGGCCCAAGGAGGCACGGGACCUGUGCCAGGCCCACGGACUACCCUUAGACGGACAGGAGAGAGUGGUGUUCCUGAGGGGUCGUUACACUGAGGAGGGGCUGCCACCUGCCGGGACCUGCCAGGUACUGGUGGGGAACAAACUUGGAGGGCGCACUCUGGAAGACGUGGUCAUGGCAGAGGAGGAAGAUGAGGCUGUGGACAGACCCACGACCGAGGUAUGA